AUGGACGAAAAAUUUGGAGGAUAUUGUAAUGAUGAAGAGGACGUUCUUGCACCUAAAGAGCCUCAGGUUACGUCGCAGGAUGCAAAUGAACGGAAAGCUGGUCGGGCAUUGCGUAUUAAGCGACGGCAGGAAGCGCUUAAAAGAGCUGAACAGCCUUUAGAAGAAGUAUUCAAAGAAGAAGAACCUGGUCCUAUCGAUCAGGCUACGACUGCAGCGGCAGAAGAAUUACAACGCCUGGCUUUAGAUGGAGCAGCUAAAGUUACUAAUGUUAAAGUUACUACCGAUGAACGUGAGGUUAUUAGACGUGCUCUAUUUUCAGAUAAGAUGCGAGACUCUAUAGCAAAAAUGGAAGCAGAGGCAGCUGAUAGUCAAAUCCAGUAUGAUGCUAUAUCAGCAAAUUGGGACACUAUGUUGGAAAUCAAGGAUCCAUUAGAUAUUGACGCGGCUAUAAAAGAACAAAAACGUAAAUGUGAAAACUUAUUGGAGCAAAAAGAUAAAUUGAUUAAUGAGCUAAAAGAGGACCUUAAAAGAAUGGAUGAGUCAUAUUAUGAAGAUUUAUAUAAACAGGAUAAAGAUAUAAAGGAACUUUCGGAUAGAAUAGAAAAGCAAAUUACUAUAAUGCAAAGAGCUUAUGAAAAACAACUGUUUCUAAUUGAGCAAGCUAUAAACAUCGAACGAGAAGCGAUGGUAGACCACAAUAACAAGCGAUGGGAAGCUCUUUAUAAGCAGCGCGAUAAAGAAGAAGUCGCUCAUUUGGAAUAUAAAUUCGAACAGUUAGAAGAUCACAAAUUAGAGAUGGAAGCAAUCAUGUGGGAUCAUCAUGCAAAGUACCGAGAAGCAAAAAUAGAACUUGAAACACUUAUUCAAGAACUUCAAAAGGAAUUGGAAAAAUUAAAAGCGACAUGCAUAAUCAACACUGAAAAAAUUGGAUACAAUUAUCAGGUGUUGAAAAAAAGGGAAGAAGAAAAUGUUUUUGUGAGAUCUCAACAAAAAAGAAAGCUUAAUAAAAUGUCUGAUGUUGCUAAUACUUUGAGAGCUAGAAUACGAAAAGCGGCUGAAGAUGGAGCGCUGGAAGAAAUCAAGGCAGAUGCGGAAAUCGUGAAACUAAUGCAAGCGAUGGACGAUUUAGAAAAAAAAUGCCGUCACUUUUCACAUGUUAACGAUUAUAAGUUUAAUCAGGUGUGGCGCAUGGCAGCGGCGCGCUGCGGAGCGCUGUCGCGGCGAGCGCGCGCGGCCGAGGCGGCGCUGCACGCGCACGUGCUGGCCGAGCCGCCGCCGCCCGCGCCGCCGCCGCCGCCCGCGAGCCCGCUUACUAAAUACGCUACCCAGGAUCCAGUUAAAAACGAUACAUCCGGAUUAAAUACAAAGGAUUGCAAUAUGGUCAUUGAUCCAAAGGACUUGGCUGCGCAAGAAGCUAAAGAUAAACUGGUCCGUCAUAUUCUCCAACUUGUAGCGGAUAAUACGGGAUUUUUAGUCGAGGAUCGUUUAUUAAAGCUUAUAGAAAAAUAUUCUUUUACUUCACGCAAUCUAUGCACAUUGGAUUCCAUUUUCAUGGCUUUGGAAAUUCAAGCAGAGGAAGAUAUUGAAUUGUUGUGUAAAAUUUUUCUCAAUUACGCAUUCUGUCCGAUAUGUGUAGGUUUGGAAGCCUCAUCUGAAAUGAUGGAAUCGUCGAACCUUGGGAUAACAUCUCAGGAAGAAUCGCAUCGCGUCAGUAUAAACGUCAAAUGUCUUAGAGCCGAGAGAUCAUCAACGAGAAUUCGUUCCAGUGUUGCUAGAAGCUUAUCUGUAAGCACUUCCCGUUCAAUGCACGUUGGUUACAAGCCCCAUGAUUUAUCACCAGCUGACCAACUUUUGAUAGCAGAAGCUGACGAAAUAAUGCAAAAAUGUGGUGAUCCUAAAGUAACACUGGCCGUCACGGACAGCGCUGCAGAAUGCGGGUCGGCUUCGGGAAAACGUGGUCGAGGAGUCACGGUCGCUUCGAAGCCUACUGUCGUUACUAUUAAGAAGAGCAAUCCUUUUUUGUGUCCCCUUGGACAUUAUUUGGAAAUAGAAUCAAUGCAAGUUUUGACAGCGUUGAAUGAAUUUAUGGCAGUAUUCGUUCCUCCCGAGAAAAGAAAGCUUUAUAAUAUAUUAGAUAGUGUCAAAACUCCGGACUUUGAGACUCCUUCACGGAAACUGACCGUUGAAGAAAUAGAACAGUAUUGGUCGCAAUGGAAAAUAUUAUUUCCUCCGGAAAAAGAUCGAUUUUGGGACGGGCUCCUUUCUGGCAUUAAUAAUUAUUUAAUGAUUUUACAAGAGCGCGAGCGAAUCCAUGAGGAAGUUGUUCAGUUGCGGCAGCGAAAUGCAGCGCUACGUGGGUUAGUGCGUGGAGCAUUACCCGAGCUGACACCCGCCACUCCGCGGUACACACGCACCCGCCAGCUCACCUUUACCGCCCCCGCCCCAGACCUCGCCCCACCGGCCUUUGCUAAACUACCACCCAUAUAGAACAGAUUAUAUAUGAUAUAAAAAUAAUACUUGUUUAUUUAUCUAUGGCUUAUUAUAACUGUUGUGUGAGUCAAGUUACCGGUCAUAUAGAAGAGAUUAAAUGUGUCUAGAAAUAA